ACGAAGAAGCCAACUUCAGUUUUGAGCCAAGAAGGAGAGAAGUGGAGUGGCAUCCAGAAGAGUCCAAAGCCAUGGACGCCAUCCUCGGUGACGAGCUCCUCGACGAAAUCUUCAGACGCCUCCCGCCGGCGUCUUCCUCCGCCGUAACCCUAGUCUCCAAGCGGUGGCUCCGCGUCUACCGCUCCUCCAAGACCUGCCUCUCCCUCCGUCUUUCGAUUCCCUACUCUUCGACUCCUCUUCUCUCCUUCCUCUCUCACUUCCCCUUCCUCUCGUCUCUCUCUCUCACCGCCGGCGGCGACUCCUCCGAUCGCCUCAUUCUCUCCGCCGCCUCUUCUUGUCCCAAUCUCCGCCAGCUCCGGCUUUACACCGCUCCUGUCUCUGUCGUCCCUCUGCUUUCUCUCUCCACCUCCUGCCCUCACCUCACCUCUCUCUCUAUCGUCCUCUCUCGGCCCCUCUCUUUUCGAUGGCUCCUCCUUUUCCACUCCCUGAAAGAACUCUCCGUCGUUCUCACCACCGUCGCUGGAGGUUCCGAUUCCUGCCAAUUCACGUCCAACUUUCAAAUAAUGUGCGGAGACUUCGACGCUGAACUGGAAUUAGAGAGCCUCGGAUUGUCCGGAAUCCAGAACGGCGAUUUCGGCCUUGAUUGGCUAUGGAGGAGCUGCAAAAAGCUUAAGAAACUCCAAUUGCGGAGUUGCGAGUGUAUUUGCUAUGACGACUCGUCACUUUCCUCGUUUGUCAACUGCUUAAAUGGCCUGCAAGAAGUUGAAUUGAGGGCUUGUAGGGCCAUAGUCGAUGAGGUUCUAUCCAAUUUGGCACAGAGUUCUGCGUCUUUGAAAUCUCUUUUGGUGUACGAUGGUGGUAGUAGAGACGGUUUACUCCAAUUCAUAACUCAAAGCCAGUGCAACUUGCAGAAACUUGAUUUACGCUUGCCUCUUGACCUAGACAACGAUCACUUAUUCGCUGUGGCAGAUAAUUUCAGGGGAUUAUCAUGUCUUAAGCUGCAGAGUUGUUGUUUUGUUACUGGUGAAGGGAUCAAGGCCAUUUGUAUAGCCAUGAAACAUGACCUUGAAGAACUGGCAUUGAUAAACUGCGAUGUGGUUGAAAGAGAACCAGGGUUGCUGACCACGUUGGGGCAAAAUUUGAGGCGGCUGAGGACGUUGGACUUGUCUUACAAUGAAAUGUUAGUCGAUAAGGAAUUCACAUCUAUGAUUGUUUCUUGCAGCAGGCUGAGGGAAUUGAAGUUAAGGGGGUGUAAAAGGUUGACUAAUUUGUCCACGGUUUCAAUGGUCAAACAUUGCAGGCAUUUAGAGAGUGUAGAUAUAAUGCUUUGUUCCGGGAUUGAAGCGGAGGCUGUUGAAUUACUUGUUCUGAAUUCUCUGCAAUUGAGGGAGGUUCAGGUAGAGGAAAGCAAGCUUUCAGAUGUUGCCAGGAAAAGGGCUGCAAAUAGGUUGAUCUGACUUGUUGCUUUAAAGAUGAUUUAGCAGUGCGAGCACAUAAAAAGGACUACUGAAUCAUUGAUUUGAUUUAUAAUUCCGGAUGAAUACAGGUAUAAAUUCCUGUACUUAUUCUCAGAUCAAUUGCCAGUGUUUCUAAUUUAUGUUGUGUCUGAGAUAGAAAGAGCCGUUUCCUCUGCUCUGUCAAUAAUAUUGUUUUUCCCUAUGUAGGAUACUGUAUUUAUGUACACACAUCAAUCCUGUACUCUCCAGUUUUUAUUCAUUCAUUGACAUUGAUGGGUUUUAGGUAGAUAGAAUGCCUUUUACUAUCCCACAAACGAAACAUUGAUAGAUCAUGCUUACCAUCCAUUAGUGAACACAGGACUAUUGUGUGAUGUUGAGAGGAAUUGUUGGAUGGAAGGGAGAAGCCUUUUGUAGACGUGCUAACCAUGAUAGGUCCGCAAGAGAAGAAAAUAUUCUGUGCAAUUAUUAUGAUAGCACCGUGUCGUGGUAUUAUAAUAAUUUAGUUAUAGCUUGCCAUUGUAUAUAGAAGAAUAAGUCUUUCCAUAUUUGCAAGAGACAACGGGGGUUGAGAACACAUCUUUUGUGUUGGAGUUUGAUAGCAAUUGUUGUCAAGUCAUUUCAGCUGCCUUGGAAGUAGUUUGGAGGUUCCAAUGGGUAGCGCAACGAUCGUAGGUGAAGUAGUUGACAAACUCAUGUGAACUCAGCUUGUGUAAAACUUGCAAGUAUUGGAGUAGCAGUAACAUGACAUGGAACUCGUGACAAUAACAAUGACAACAAUAAAAAAUUUUGAUCCCAUUAAAUUUUGUUGGUUGUAUGAACUUUAUUAGUAUUACAAUUAUCUUUAUUCGUGACAGGUGACAACGUCUUGUGUAUGGUUAUUAUUAUACAUCAUUUCACAUGUAAGAGUUGUUGUACCCAAACUUAUUGAUCUUCCCAUCUAUUAUUCACUAAUAGACGGGUUUAUUAGUCUUCUUUGAUGACUUCACAAUCUUGUAACUUAUAUAGGUGGAACUUAGAACAAAGAAUAAAACUUUGUUGUGGUAUCAAAGAUAAGCAUUGCUUUGAGGCCGGUGCUUCCAUAGAAGUGAGAAUCUAUCCCAACAUGACUAAAUAAAUCAAAAAAUUGAAUUACGUGAAAAUAAAAAAAAAUAAACAAAAUUCGUAAAAAUCAAACUAACCAAAUAAACUCAAAAAAUUACCGAACAAAUCGAAUUAAUUUUCGGCCUCAUUGUUACCGCUAGCCACCCAACCGAC